AUGACGUUUGCCACGAGGGUUUGCAACUGCUACAUCGAGGCAAAGCUGCCAAUACAGAUUCCCGGAUCGAGGGACCUGCAAUCUCGUAUAGCGUCGUCCACCCGCAAUCGCGAUGUUCUCCGGGCUCAGACGCACGCCCGAGUGAACAAGGAAUUCUCGCUCCUUGCAUUCGGUCCAAUUCCCUCCGAAGGCACAGCUGUGCAGCAAGAUUCACACACCUUCAAAAUACUUCUCGUGCCACCUGAGCCACUGCCAAGUCUUCACCGGAAGCGCAAGAGGAAGGUGUGGCAUUACAAAGAUUCACUGACAAGGGUGUUGGACAGGAGACUAGUGCACGUCUUGCGAUCAAUUCCGCAAGAUGUGCAUCAUUUGGUGUAUGGUGCGUUGUGCGGCAGGUUGGACAGCCCGCCUCACGGGAUUUGA